GCAGUCAAACACACACACGUCAAACAAAUAAUUCUCAAAGAACCCCAAAACAGCUCCGCAUAUGAGCAAAUUUUAGUUUUUCAAAUCCAUUAAAUCAAAAAAUCAUUCUUUUUCACUAAUUAAUUUGGUGUAAUUUAUCCUAUCCUGUUAAUAUUUUUUCUAUUAUAGGAGUUCACACAAUAAUGCAUCAUGGUGAAUGUUAUGAAAGGCGUUCUUGUUGAAUGUGAUCCAGCAAUGAAACAGUUUCUCCUGCAUCUGGACGAGACCCUUGCGUUGGGCAGAAAGUUUAUCUUGCAAGACCUGGACGAGACACAUCUGUUCAUAUCCUCAGACAUUGUGGACACUUUGCAGGCCCGUGUUGAUGAUUUGAUGGACCAACUGAGUAUCCCAGUACAUGAUAAAGGAUUAUAAGUUCUAGAUACAGGUACAAAAAUGUCAACAAGAGAGUCAGGACGAGUUAAGGAAGUGGAGAAGAGGAGAGUUUUAGAUGAUG